AUGUCGCCCCCUAACCAGCCGCGCCAGUCACUUUCUGCCCAACUCGCCCCCGACUAUCACGACUUUGUCAGCGACGUCUCCUCAAACAACAACAGGCCCCUUUCUACUACCUCGUCCGCUGGUGGUCAGACAAAAACCACUCCUUCCUCCACUACGUCCCCUUCUAACCGAUUCUUGGAUGCUGUCGAUGCGGUCACAGGCAGAAACAAGCAGGAGCAAGCACGCGCCAGACGUGCCAACCAACCUAGUUUCUCUGGGUCAGCCUUCACCUCUGACAACGAUGAUAAUGCAGAAGACGACGAUCAGGUGGACAACGACGAGCGACAAGGUUUAUUGAAACAUCGCCCAUCCAGUAACAACAGUCAAGGAAUCCUUGGUACUAGCAACUCUAACGACAACGACGACAGCAGCAACAACGGCCAGACACCGACUCUUAGGCUACCCCCUCUAAACAAGAGCCAGGUCAAGGUGCCCGAUCCCUCCAGACCCGCCUACAAACUGGGUGCUCCCCUCUCCUCAAAACCCCCUCGCGCGCCUUCCUCUUCUUCUCCUCCUAAAACAAAAAAGUUGUCCUCGCAGGAACCGACUCCGACAAUAACGGCAGCACACCCGUCAGACUAUGACCAUCACCUCCUCAACGAAACAUCCUCCUUGCUCGGCAACAAUAGCGGUAGCCGAUCAAGAAAUCCUCAGGGCAAUGGCAAUGGCAAUGGACAUGAACAACAAGAACGCUGGACGAAUGAAGGGUCCAGAAAGAGAACUCCUCGUUACAACGGCCCAGCCGUCGAUGCCGACCAGCAAGAUGGCGAUGGCGAUGGCGAUGGUCUGGACAACACCAGCGAAACGGACUCCUUGCGGAGACCAUCCAGGGCUAGAUCACUUUCGCCCAAUAUGGAGUCUCGUCGUGGAAACAGAGGCAGGGUCAUCUUUCGCAACUAUCCAUCAUCUGGCCGAGGCAGGAGCAAUGGCGGCAACAGGGCUCUGCAAAACUUGCGUCGAUCUAGUAUAGCUAACAUCAAUCUCGUCAAGGAAAAGCUGCUGACUCGUCGAAGUGGCCUUUAUGAUGAUGCCAAGGAGGCAUUGGUCAAGGAGAACAAUGGUAUCCGCAUCUGGUACCACAACUACACCACCAUUGAUUGGAUCCAUGAUUUUGUCAAGGAGCGCGUGCGCCUGCGUCACCUGAGAUCGAUUGGAGGUAUCCGAGGCAUGCUGAAGAACCGAGCAGAUAGUUUGAAAGGCUGGGUCCUUGUCCUCUUGACCGGUGUCAUCACGGCCUGUCUCGCCGCGUUCAUCGAUGUCUCAAGUUGGUGGCUCGGAGAUCUACGCAUGGGAUACUGCACAACCAACUUUUGGUGGAGCCAGUACUUUUGCUGCUGGGGUACUGCUGGCACUGAUGCUGGUUCAUGUCCAGAGUGGGUCUCAUGGUCACAAGCACUCUCGUCCGACAAGGUUAUUUUGGGACUUAGCCGUGAUACCUUUGACUGGAUCGUUUACUGCUGCUUCGGUGUGCUGUUUGCAGGGAUCUGUGUAGUGAUGGUGACAUCGGACGGAACAGUGUCUCAACAGAAAUCACAUGGAUCGACCAAGCGCAGGAACGAACCCAACGGCACCGGUGGCGGAAUCCCUAGAUCAGCUUCAAGGACAUCGAUGGAGACCGUCCUCAACUCUUCUCAACCCAAAAAGAUUGCCUACUUCGGAGCUGGAUCUGGUAUCCCUGAGGUCAAGACUAUCCUUGGUGGUUUCGUUAUCCGGGGAUUCUUGGGAUUCAGGACCCUCAUGAUCAAGCUUAUCGGACUCCCUCUGAUGGUGGCAUCUGGAUUGAACAUGGGAAAACAAGGACCACUGGUCCACAUCGCGUGCUGUGUUGCCAAUAUUGUCUGCCGUAUCUUUGACAAGUACAACAGGAACGACGGAAAGCGCAGGGAGAUCCUUUCGGCCGCGGCGGCGUCAGGAGUGGCAGUCGCAUUCGGCGCUCCUAUUGGUGGAGUCUUAUUUUCAUUGGAGGAGGUGUCGUACUACUUCCCAAGCAAAACGAUGUGGCGGACCUAUUUCUGUGCCUUGGUCUCUGCCGUCGUCCUGAAGAUGAUCAACCCGUACCGUGUCGGCAAGACUGUGCUGUUCCAGGUCACAUAUGACCGCGACUGGCAUCUGUUCGAAUCAGUCCCCUUCUUCUUCAUCAGUGUCUUUGGGGGGGUCUAUGGAGCAGUAUUCUCGCAGUUCCACAUGAACUACUCUCGAUUCAGAUCAAGGACAUGGAUCGGUCGUCACCCUGUGCAGGAGGUCCUUAUUGUGACCCUCCUGACUUGUGCCAUCCAGUGGCUCAACCCCUGGACCAGAGUCAACCUGCUGCAGCUCCUCACCAACCUCUACAGUGAAUGCACCCCCGAAAACAACCUCAACGGCAUGUGCGCAACAAACAUCGAUCAGAUCUACCCAAUUUUCCUGUUACUGGCAGAGGUCUUUGUGAUGAAAGUGGUACUGAACUUUAUUACUUUUGGAGUCAAGGUCCCCGGAGGCAUCUUCAUCCCCACCAUGGUUGCCGGUGCCGUCUUUGGACGCAUGGUUGGACUCGGUGUCCAAUGGCUCAUUGUCAAGUACCCGGAGCACCAGGUGUUUGCGGUGUGCGAAGGCGACAGCAUGGACUGUAUUAUCCCAGGUCUUUACGCGAUGAUAGGAGCAGCGGCAUGUCUUUCGGGAGUUACACGCAUGACCGUGUCACUGGUCGUCAUCAUGUUUGAGCUCACGGGCGCCAUGACCUACUCCCUCCCGAUCAUGAUGGCUGUGAUGAUAGGCAAGUUUGUUGGCGAUGCCUUUUCACCAGACGCGUUCUUCAACAAGCUGAUCGACCUCAACGAGCACCCUUACCUCGACAACAAGAAGGAUUACAACACAUUUGGAACUGCGGCCGAUAUUGCGGAUCGUUACCUGGAGACGAUUGAUGUCAAUGCUAUCAAUGAUGUGGAUUCAUUGAGACGGAAAGUGGAGAUCUUGGCAGCUUCGGGGUACUCGGAUGGGGGGGUUCCCAUUGUUGACCGCGGGAUUCUUGUGGGGUACAUUGCAUCGAAUGAGUUGGGUCAUGCGCUGGAUCUGGCGGAGCAGAAGCAUCCGGAUUGUAUCUGUGUUUUCAGGAACCGUGCGUCGUCGAAUGUCCCGGCGACUGAGAUUAUCACGUCGCUGAACGGCCUCGAGGCACAGGUCGGGAAGGUGUCGUCACCUACUCAGGACGCGUCGUAUUCGUCAGAGUAUGUGGCUCACCGGCAGUCGAUUAGGAUGCCUGAAAAUUCGAGUCAGGAUUGGGUGCAGCCUCCUCCUUCUUCUGGCAGGAGUGGAGUGGACUAUGACAACGAUAUGCAAGGGUACGAUCGACCUAUUCGGGACAGUCAGUAUCUGGGCAGCCAUGGAAACAAGAUGCACCCGGAUGAUGAUGAUGCGGAUCUGUUGCACCCUGAUGGAUCGCGGCGGCCGCACCCUCGUCGUUACAGCAGUACUGGAACCAGUGAUCUCUUGCGCGAUCCCUCGCGUACUAUGGACUUUACGCCUUUUACCGACCAGGCGCCCUUGUCAGUCAGUCUAUUCUCGUCGAUGGAUCUGGUGAUGGAGUUGUUCAUCAAGUUGGGGAUCAAGUAUGUGUGUGUGGUCAAGGCAGGAGAGCACUAUGGAAUGAUCCACAAGAAGCGACUGUUGUCGUUCCUGAAGGAGAACGAUGAGAAGCAGAAGCGCGAUGCCCGUAGUAGUUGUUUCUAA